AUGGCUGCAGGCUGUAGCAAAACGUUUACUUCCAAGUACGAAGAGGAGCGAUUCUAUGACGUUGAGCAUGAAGAAUUUUGUAUAAAUUUCGAUUUUUCGAACUCGUCGACCUGUUGGAUCUGCAAUGGGUACUACGGACCAAGCUACGAGGAGCCCCUGUGUGGUACGUGCCACUCGUUUAUAUUUCCCAACCACCCGCAAGACGAAGCCGAGGGACUGGCCACGGAGGUGUCGGACGAUGAGGACUCUGGCAAUGACGAACCACCAGAGACGGGCUCCGAGGCUAGGUACCGUUCCGAUGACGAUCCCGACUACGAUGUGCUGGAAAGGCCCCGUCCAUCGGCGCCCCGUAACGUAAACCAAUAUCUGGAAAUGCUUUCGCAACCACGUGAAACUGACGAAUCGCAAAAGCAAAUUUGCGCCCUGCCUGUGGAGGUGCUGCUGUCGAUAUUCUCCUACCUUGACGACCUAUCCCUGUGGAACGCGGGCGAGGUUUGCAACCAGUGGAGGCGGAUACUGGAGGUGCACAUUCCGCAGCAAAUGUGGAAGAAAUACACAAAGGAACGAUGGCCACUGUUCCAACAGAUAUCGACCAUUCCUAACUGGCUGCAUAUGUACGGUGCCCUGAUGAAGUCCUGCUUCUGCCGCACGUGCUUGAUCCAGAUGGCCCUCAAGGCUCCGAUGCGUGGACGCGUGAAUCACAUCCGCGCGAAUCGACUUCGCGGCGACAUUCGUUCGCUGGAUCUGGACGCGACGGAGGGUAUCGAUGCGGUGGCCCUUGACAACCAGCUAUUCCACUGGCAGGCAUCAAUACUCGGUCCAGCCGGAAGCCCAUACGAGGGUGGUAAAUUCUUCCUCUACAUCGUUAUACCCUGCUCGUACCCGAUGUUACCGCCACAGGUGCGGUUUCUGACAAAAAUCGUUCAUCCGAACGUUUCCCGUCAUGGCGACGUUGGAAUUGAUAUCAUUCAGCACAACUGGUCGUUGGCACUCACUAUCUCUAAGCUGCUUCUGUCCGUCCAAAGCUUAUUGACGGAUCCAUUCACACAGAUUUGCAUGGAGCCAGAGCUGGGCCGAAUGUACGAGAAUGAUAGACCAAAGUUUGAAGCCCUCGCGCGAUGCUGGACGUGGAAGUACGCCAUGUACGAAGUGUUGCCACCACUUGGCGGUCUCCCGUAAGCAGCAGGCAACCGCUUCCCAUUGAUACUGGAUCAAUUCCAUCGGUGUAGUUUUGCUAGCAAUGUUAAGGCAUCGCGCGUGCUCACUUUCCAGCAUUCGUGGACAUGUACAGCUCUAUUCUUACGUACUCUAGGUUUUAACUACGUGUGCUUUAUUGAAACUUUUCUUCAUCUAUGCUUUGGAUGUGUUCAAGCGUCUUUUUGUCUCCUGAUUCCUGUUUCCUGUGCCAUGGAAUUCCCUUGAAACGAAGCUCAGAAAAGGAAGGUUUUUCUGUUCCGCAUCCAUGACAAUUUCUGUUCAGUCUUGUUUUCGCCAUAUUUAACGUGGAAGCUUAGAAACAUCUUAUGCUGAUGAGCACAAAACCCGAAAAAUCACAGACAUACAAUAAGUUUCUCUAGCAUCUAGGUAGGAGUGGGAUAUUUCUGAGCUUCAGUAUUGUGUAUAAAGUUAUGUGUAGUGAUUCUGUCCUAAUAGUACGUAGUGCAGACGUUCCUCAUUUAUUUAACGCGCUAUUUUCGGAGGGAUAUCGUUUGUUUCGGGAGGUCAAAAACAAAAUUACCAUACGCAUAGCUCCUAUUGCAUGAUAUACCGAUACAUUAGUCGUAAUUUUUCGAACGAUUUGGUGGGUUUAGAGCGUAUGCCGACGAGAAAACGGCAACGUCGCAGGUGGAAAUGCGUGAUAUGUUUCACUUUCGAAAGGAUCUGGAGUGUAGCGCGUAUUUUGAUAAUAAAUAAGUAUUGAGAUGAGCCCCCGUAGAGUAAAGACGAUUGGCGUA